AUUUUUACAAAUAUCAUCAAUCCCCUAUGCUCUUAUCUACGUCCAAGCUUGCAACAUCCAAACUCUCCUCCUCCCAAUUGUCUAGUCCUAAAAGAUCAACAAUUAAUUAUCUCAGUUAAGAUUUGGAUUCUCCAGCCAGAUAGAGAAUCAAAUUACUUUCUGAUAAAUGGAAUCACAUUUAGAAUGGAAUUGACAAAGACAAACUUGAAAAAAGGGAAGUGUUAGAGGAGAGAAUCAAAAUCAUCGAAGACGUUUUAGCCUCAGAGAAGCCAAAAGACGAACAAAGAUUUAAGGUCUUGAAGGAUUAAGUCUUGAAAUUAUAAGAUUAAGCACACAACUAAAAAUCAGAAAGAGAAGUAUAGAUUUCAACUAAUUAGGCAUUUGAUGACAAAAAAGAAAAGGAUUUUAGAACUCUUUCAGAUAAUGUCGCUCUAUCUUUUGACCAAGAAAGAAAUGCUAGAGGGUAGGCAGAGACUAAGCUCUAAAAAUAAAUUGACGAAAGAUUUGCCUAAAUCACACUUACCAUCACUAGAAACACUCAUUAAUAUGAAGAUAGAAGUCAAGCCAAAAUUGCUGAAGUUCUCUAAUAAGUCCAAUUAGUCAAAAAUUAAUUAGAUUAAGAAAGAAGAUCAAGGUACUGAUUUUUAUACAAUCUAUAGAGAGGAAGCAGCAGAAUCUUUAACUGAAUAAAUAGAUAGUGAAAUUAACAAAUUCUCUGAUUAAUUGCUUAUUGAGAAGAAGGUUAGAGAAGAAACAUAAGGCAAAAUAUUCAGAAUGAUUGAAGACGUUCAUGGAAAACUACAAUAAGAUAUCAGUUUUGAGAGAAGAGAAAGAGAGGCUACAACUGAAGCUUUGUUGAAAUUAUUAGAAGACGCCUGCAUUAAAAUCGAUAAAAAUUUUAGAUCAUUCUGAUAUAUAAGAAAAAC